AUAAGACCAACACCUCUUGGGUGAAGAGUUUUUCUUCCCUAGCUUUUCUAGGGUUUGCACGUCGUUCAUUUUUUUGGCCGACUGUCCUUGAUCGCUCAUCGUUGUUUGUUGCGUUUUUACGUCCAAGAUGGAUUCCAUGGAGGACAUGUACACUGUUAUCUCUUGCAGACGAGGAAGUUGAGAGUAUUGAUGUAGGGGAUGAAGUCUUGGAGGAGGGAGUAGUCUCGCAGCAGUUCAUGGUCGUUGGCAGACUACUCACAGACAAACCAAUACGAUUUCCUUUCUUCAGGGAUUCAAUGGCUGAUAUUUGGAGACCCGGACGAGGAGUGAACAUUCGUGAUCUUGGGGAUCGUCGUUAUCUCUUCCAAUUCUUUCAUGAAGUGGAUUUUGAACGGAUUCUUCAAGAUGGGCCGUGGGCGUUUGAGAACAAUCUCCUGAUACUUCGCCGGUUGGGGAUGUCGGAUAACCCAAAGACACAGGUGUACGAUGUGCCAUCGUUUUUCUUUACAGAACAUGUUGCUAUGAUAAUUGGGAAUCACAUUGGUUCCUUUGAUCAGGCGGACCAGAAUAACUACAAGGGGAUGGAAGGAAUACAUGCGGGUUCGAGUGCAAUUGGACAUCACGCUGUCACUCAAACGGUGCACGACGCUUAAACGGGAGACUGAAAGCUUUUUGGUGUUCUUCAAAUACGAACGCCUUCCUCACUUUUGCUUCAUUUGUGGGCUGAUGGGGCAUGUUGACCGGUUUUGCCCUAAACGUUUUGAGGGUUAUGUGGAUGGGCAGGAGAAAGCCUACGGCACUUGGCUGCAUGCAGGAAAUCGCCGGAAUUCUGGUAGCAGGGGAAUCAGGUGGCUGCUCAAUAGUGAGGGGCAAUUUGCUGCGAAUUCUAGCAGACAUAAUGAUGGCCGAAGCAUGGGAGAUGGGCAGGGAACUUCGGCCCAACAUGGGGCCUCACGGGAGGGAUGCACAAGAGCAGCAUGCAUGGCUUUGGUUAUGCGGCAGAAUGGGGAAGCCGAUUUUGGUAGUAGUUCACAGAAGAAAAGAAAAGUUCAAGAUACUUGAGCGGAAGGUGUAAACGGGGAGUCUGGUUAUGGAAUUUAAGCCUGACAAAAAACGGAUAUGAGGCGGGUCCUGGAUAUCAGGCCCGCCUAGAACAAUGAGUUGUAUUAGCUGAAACUGAUGUGGGCUUGGCAACCCUCGAACAGUUUAAGUUUUGGUGGAUUUGAUCCACUCUAAGAGGCCGUCGUUAGUUUUCUUGAUGGAGACCUUCGCAGAUUCCAGAAAGGUGGAUGAGAUCAAAAGGAAGUUAGGCAUGGAGCAUAGUUUCACUAUUGAUUGUGAGGGGCACCGAGGUGGGUUAGCUCUUCUGUGGGUUCAUGGGAUUGAAGUCGAUGUUCAGGGAAGUUCGGCUAAUUAUAUUGAUGUUUGGGUGAAGUUGGAGGAGGAGGGUCCUAUGUGGAGAUUUACAGGAUUUUAUGGUUAUCCUGAGUGGCAUAGAAGGCGUGAUUCUUGGGCACUUUUGACAUCGCUUAACACGGUGUCUUCUAUACCUUGGCUAGUGAUGGGCGAUUUUAAUGAUAUUCUCUUUGUUUCAGAGAAAGGGGAAGAGUACCUCACCCCCCUUGGAUGUUAAGGGGUUUGAGGGAGGCUGUUUGGGCUAGCGGUUUAUGUAACGUUCCCUUUGCAGUUUAUGAGUUUACAUGGGAAAGGUGGCGGGACUCUCCUAAUUAGGUGGAAGAGAAGUUAGAUCGAAUCUUGGCUUCCGAAGGCUGGUUGGAUCUCUUUGGGGAGGCUGGAGCGGAGUCUUUAGAGGGGCCCCUAGUGAUCAUCUAGCCUUGUUUAUUUGUUUUAAUCUGACAUGGGGAGUCAACCGCAAACGGCGAUUUAAAUUCGAGAAUGUUUGGCUCCGGGACGAGGAGUGUCGGGAAGUGGUGGUAAGGGGGUGGGGUGUAGGGCGGGAUGGAGGUGUGGUGGGGGGAUAACGGCUUGUAGUAAGGCCGUGGAGGAGUGGGGUCGCGGUAUGGCAGGAAUGUAUGGUAAAAGAAUAUCCUUUUGCAAGAAAAGAUUGAAUCAUCUCCAUUCCAGAACUGACGCUCGGGGGCUGGCCGAAUUUGACAGGGUUAAAUGCGAAUACUUGGCACUGUUAGAGAAGGAAAAUCUGUAUUGGAAGCAACAAACUAAAGAGUUCUGGUACCGUGGAGGUGAUACUAGUACGAAAUUUUUUCAUAAUGCAGUGAGGAUGAGGAGGAGGAAAAUUAAAAUGGAGGGGCUGAAGGCGGUGGAUGGGAGCUGGGCUGUGAUAGAGGGGAUUUGGCAAGUUUGAUCGGGGAUUAUUAUAAUGAUAUUUUUUCCUCUGUUCAGGGUUAUGGAGACCAUAUUUUUCAUUAUGUUGACCGCAGGAUUGAGGAGCACCAGAAUGCUCUCCUUAUUCGGUCGAUAUCUACUGCUGAGGUUAAGGAGGCCCUUUUCUCCAUGUAUCCAGAUAAAUCUCCUGGUCCUGACGGUAUGAGCCCUGGGGGUUUUCAGCAUUUUUGGGAUGUUAUUGGGUCAGAUGUUGUGUCCUUUUGUCGGUCUGUUUUUGAGUCGGGUACUAUUCCGGAUGGUAUUAACCAUACACAUAUAGUCUUGAUUCCGAAAAAGGAGCACCCCGAAGUGUUAAUUGAUUGGCGUCCGAUUGCACUAUGUAAUGUCGUCUGCAAGAUUUUUUCUAAAAUUUUAUCUAACAUAUUAAAGGGCCUUCUUUACAUGUGUAUUUUUGAGCAACAAAGUGCGUUUAUUCCUGGUAGAUCUAUUAUUGACAACGUCAUGAUUGUCUUUGAAUCCCAACAUUAGUUGAAACGUAAGACUCAAGGGAAGACUGCUCAUGCGACUUUAAAAUUGGAUACGGGUAAGGCGUAUGACCGAGUUGAGUGGUCGUUCUUGGAGGGUAUGAUGAAGCACAUGGGGUUUUCCGAUAGGUGGAUUAAAAUUGUUAUGUUGUGUGUGAUGACAGUUACAUAUUCUAUCCCUUUUGAAGAUACUGAAAUAGGGCCAAUUUUUUCCUCUAGAGGGUUACGUCAAGGGGGCCUUUAUCUCCUUAUCUGUUUAUUUUGAUUGCAUAAGGACUUAGUGCUCUACUCAGGAGGCACGAGAGUUUGGGGCACAUUCAUGAGUAGCGGUGGCUAGAGGAGCGCCACAAAUUUCUCACUUACUUUUUGCUGAUGAUUGUCUACUUUUCUUUCAAGCAAAUCAUGGAGAGGCAACAAUUAUUAAGGAGAGCAUUCUUUACUAUGAAUAUGCCUCAGGAUAGUUGGUUAGUUUUAAUAAGUCAAAGGUUUUUUCAGCUCUAAUGUUUCGGCCAGCACUAGGGAGGGGUUAGUGGAGCUUCUUGGUGUGGGGCCCGCGACAACUGAUGAAAAGUAUUUGGGGCUGCCAGCUCUUUUUGGGCGGAAUAAAAGGGAGAUUUUGAAUUAUUUGAGAUAGAGGGUAAUCAAGAGGAUUCAAAGCUGGAAUAAUAGAUUCCUUUCUCGGGCAGGAAGAGAGGUUCUUCUUAAGACGGUAAUUCAAGCUAUGCCUUUAUAUGUGAUGAAUGUUUUUCUCCUUCCCAAUGAGCUUUGUAAGGAAUUGGAAAUACUUAUGAAUGGUUACUAGUAGACCGGUAAUGCCGGAAAGGGCAUCCGAUGGAGGGAUUGAGAGUCACUUUGUAAGCCUAAAACGUUUGGGGGCUGGGUUUUCGAAGAGUUAGACAGUUUAAUGUUGCUAUGUUGGCUAAGCAGGCGUGGAAAUUAUUUACUGAGCCUGACUCUCUGGUUGGUCGUGUUUUUGAAGCUCGCCACUUUCCUGAUGGCUCGUUUAUUUCAGCAAAGCUAGGAAAUAGUCCUUCAUUUAUUUGGCGUAGUAUUUAUGAGGCUCAAUCGGUUAUUAAGGAUGGUUAUUGUUGGCGGGUGGGUUGGGGAUUCUAUUAAUGUAUGGGAGGAUCCCUGACUCCCGGAUGCAACUAAUUCCAAAAUUACUCCUUCGGUUUUUGAAGGUUUGGAAGAUAUAAAGGUUGCACAACUUCUUUUACCCUCUUUUGAAGAAGGAUGGGACUCUGAUCUGGUUAGUGAGGUUUUUAAUGACAGGGACAGGAGACUAAUUAUUACUAUCCCUCUAAGCCAGAGAGUAGUUUCAGAUCGGAUUAUUUAGAAGGGCGAGCAAAAUGGUAGAUUCUCCGUUCGUAGUUGCUAUCGAAGACUUGUUGGGGUGUUUUCUGAAGACGGUUGGUGGAGUUGGACGUUGGCCUGGAAAUGGAAUCUCCCGCCUAAAAUUAAAUCUCUCUUUUGGCAGAUUUGUAAUGGCUCGUUUCCAACGACCGCGAAUCUUCUUCGACGGCGAGUGGAUUGCGCCAAGAAAUGUGGGCUGUGUGGGACGGGGGACGAAUCCCUCCUUCACUUAUUCGUGUUGUGUCCAGUGGCUGCUGCUGCGUGGUACUCGGUGGGCUGGGAUUUCUCAGGUCAAAGUUUCUAUACCUUUAUGGGCUGGUUCCAGGGAGUUUUUCCCAACAGGGCAGGGGAGGAUUUGAUGAAAGUUGCUUGGAGAUGUUGGGGUUUGUGAUCUGAAAGGAAUAGAAGUGUGUGGCAGGGUGAGUAUCUUGGACCAGAUCAGUUCAUGAAUAAAGCAGGGAGCUUUGUGUCUGCUUGGAGUUCUAUCCAGUUAGAGGAGCACCGAUCCGGACAAGGAGGUGCGAUAGAGGCUCAAUGUUGGAGGUGACCAAAAGACGGCUGGUUGAAAGCUAAUGUAGACGCUUUUGUGGGUAUCUACGGGCUCGGGUUGGGAUGGGUGAUCCAGGAUGAUGUUGGGAUCAGAAUUUCCUUGUAGCAGGUACGCAUAAGAAGGAUAGUUGUUGUUCUCCCUUAGAAGCAGAGCUCUUGGGUAUCCGGGAGGUGCUGAGUUGGUUGAAGGAUAAGGCUUGGGAUUCAGUGGAAAUUGAGUCAGAUUCUUUAUUGGCGGUUUCUCAAAUCCAAAAGGGUACAAGCAUUUCUUCGGGAGGAUUGCUAGCAGAAGACAUACGAGAUUUGAGUUCGGGGUUCUCUAAUAUUUCUUUUUCUUUUGUUAGACGGUCAGCGAAGAGGGUUGCUCAUGCAUUACCAAAGGAAGCUUGUUUCUUGUCUGAUGGUCAGCUUUGGUUGACUUCACCCCCGAGUUGUAUUGAGAACUUUUUGCACCGUGACUUGAUUAAUGAUAAUUAAUUUUAUAUCUGUCAAAAAAAAAAUAUAACAUUAUAACUUCUUAUAACUGUAUGAUUUUGUUCUCUUACUGUUUUGAAGCUUGUUCGUGCAGCUAAGAAUAGUUUUGAUUGCAGAUAUUUAUUGAGCAAUCUACCUUCCAGAUGGUCAUCGGUCAUGAAUAUACCCUUUUCAACUAUAUACAAAGUCACACACAAAAAGGGAUAAUCUACUGUAAUGAUAACUUGAAAUUUGAUCCCUUCUUGUGUCAGUUCAUGCAUUAAUGAGCUUACAGAAAUGAUCACAGAAUUGGGUCUAUUAUCCUAUUUCAAUGUCAACUUAUAUAUUAUUAGUUGAAUUUUCUGCCCCGGUUUAGUUUCCAUAUCACUUGCUCAAAAAUCACUAAUGGUCAUACUUUUGUUAUGAAGAUACUUGAUGUUUAUAUAAUGACCAGUUUGUGUAAAAUGUAAUUUAUGAAUCUUUGAUAUAUCCUUUAGGUUCAAUAAUAAUUCACUGGAGUCUUUUGGAUGACUUGGAAUGUAAUUGCAGCGCAGACUAAAAAUCACAAAUUUGACAUGACCUAUAUCUUUUUGCUUUAAAUAUACGUCAUAAUAUAAUCCUUCAAAUUGUGCAUUGUUUGUGAAGCUUUAGUAUAUGUCUAGCCUUGUGUACUUUGCAACACCACAAAUUACUUUUUAAAACAGAAGAUUGCUAUGAUUAUAUCAGUGGGUUCUUGAUUAUUAUUCUUUAAGUAUUGCAUUAUUUAUUGUAGGUCAAAAUGAAGAAUUAUGAGGAACAAUAGUGUGUUAGAAAAAAAUGGUCAUCCAAUAUGCAAAAGAGGAAAUACAUACCAACAAAGACAUUGCCAAGGCAAAACAACUAGACAAUCUUACGUUAUGACUAUCGAUGAUGAUAUGGUACAAUUAUGAGCACUUGGAGAAAGCAGUUCGAAGAAAACGAGGAAAAAGAAUAUGAUUUAUAACAAAUGCACAAUGAUGUGAAAUUGAGGAAUAGAGAAUUUUUGGCUUUGAUUUUAGCGCCCACAAAACUUACUAUAAUGAUUUGUGAUGUUGAUAUGGCUUGCAUGAAUAAUGUAGAUGUAUAAAUGUAUUCCAUCCAAUUAGAAGAAUUAAUUUUGGG